CUUUUUUUAUAUUUGAAAUGGAUAAAUCAACAACAUGAAUAUAACAAACGAGAUAAAGGAAGAAGAUUUGAAAAGUAGGUAUUUAUCAUUUUGGCUAUCUAUGAAUACACAACAACCUCAAAUCACUGUACAUUUACCUCAAGGUACUAUUGUUCAAGGUACUUUCAAGGCAACUGAUGCGGAAAAUAAUAGGUUUAGGAUAGAUAAACUUGAAACUCCAAUGGGUGUAUAUGAACAUAGUGUUUUACGUGGAUCGGAUAUUGAUGUUUUGGAAUUCAACUUGGAGUAGAUUUUAUAUAGUUUUAGUAUUAUAAUAUAAUGUUUUGUAUACCUUUUGUUUUUUUUUCUAUGUGUAUCUAUAAUAAAAACUUGAUUUUUAGAUUGGGUAAUCAUUUUAUCGGGUGGCUGGUGUUAGAUGUCAAAAUUUUUUUUUUUGAUAGAAAUGAUGACUCACGUGUCUCCGUC